GCCGAUCGAUGAAAGCCGUUGAUUAAUUACAUUUUGCGGGAACCCGAAGUAAAUUUACCGACAUUUUUCCCAGCAAAGGACUGAGGGGUUUGAUGCUAACAAAAAUUUUUAUUUUUUAUAUAUAUAUUUUUUUUAAUGUUAAUAUAUACAUAUUUUAACUGUGUAAAAAAUUUGCAAUUCUAUAAAAGCACUUAAAAUGAAAAAAAUGUCGGUAAUUUGCUUUAGCAUCUCUGAAAUAAAAAGUUCCUUAAUUUGCCACGAAAAUAUGAGGGCAGCACGAUACGAUAAUGGUGACGUACCCUAACCUAUAAAAAAUUCACGUGUGACUGAGCUACCUUUACACUUGCUUGAAGUUCUCACGAUUAUUGAUUUUAUACUUAACAUAAUGAAUUGAAAACUGUUGAAAACUAAGCUAAUACUCUUGGAUAUUACUUAAUAGUUAUGAAGAUAUUAAAUUAAGUAAUAUUUAUUAGAUGUUAUCAAAUUAUUAACAUACGAUGCGUAAAAUAUAGUGCCGGCAAGUUUUUUUUUUUAUUAUUCAUUUUAUAUUGUGUGUGAAUUAUAUUUAUACAUAAAAAGAAGAUGAGCUUAUUUGUUAUUAACAGAUACGAAGGUGAAAGCAAGCAGGAGGAAAAUGAAACAAAUUAUUUAUCCGAUCUGUUGAAGAAGAUAGAAGAGCGUAAGAGACAAAGAGCUGCAGAAAGUAAUAAAUCUAUAUUAAAUGAAGAUGGGAAUGAUUUGGGAGAACCUAAGAAAAAGAAAAAGAAAAAGCUGCUUAAAACAGAGAAACCUGAUGAUUCGCAUAUUGAAGACAAAAAUGCUAGCCACGAGAAGAUUAUUGAACAAACCGUAGAAACAACCAAAUUAUCAACAAAAAAGAAAAGGAAUAAAAAAGAUACUGAGAACGAACAAUGCUCUGCUACAACAGACAAAAUUAUAGAUUUAGAAGAAAAAGAUAAGACUGUAGUAGAGAAAAAUAAUGAUAAUAAAGAUGCUACAGAGAAAGAAAUAUCUUCACACAGCAAUUUUACAGUAUUAGGUGCAGUACCUCGAAAAAAGUUGCCUGAAGUGAAAAGAAUGUUGCCAAAUUGGUUAGCACAUCCUGAAGUUAUAUCUGCUGAUUUAAAUAGUGGACCUAUUUUGGAAGAAUUGGAAUCAGUUUUGGAUGCUAAAUUGGUAGAAGCUUUAAAAACCAAUGGCAUUGUUAAAUUUUUCCCAGUCCAAUCUAGUAUAAUAAAAUGGUUACACAAAUGCAAGAUGGAUAGGAAAUUAGGAUGGUGGCCUAGAGACACUUGUGUAUCUGCUCCUACAGGCAGUGGCAAGACUCUGGCCUAUGUGUUACCAAUCGUACAGGAAUUGCAAACACGAUUGGUACCGAAAAUUCGCUGCUUGAUCGUCUUACCAGUGCAAGAACUAGCUGCACAAGUUCAUAAAGUAAUGAUCGCCUAUACGUCUCACACAAAUCUGAAGGUGAGCUUACUCUCGGGUGCAUUUCCGUUCGAGCAAGAGCAAAGCAGUAUAAUUAAAAAAACUGAAAGAGGGAAAUACUUAUCUAUGGUGGACAUCGUAAUCACGACGCCUGGUCGUCUAUUAGAUCACAUACUAAAGACACCUGGAUUUUCCUUGGAUUCCCUGAGAUUUCUUGUUAUCGAUGAAGCUGACCGCGCAACAGAAUGGCUACAAUAUUUACCUGAACCUCAUUCUCGGGCUCCUAUUUUGACGCUUAAUAGCAUGCGCUCAAGCAAGAUUAUACCAGCUCAAAAGCUAUUAUUUAGCGCAACAUUAUCACAAGAUCCUGAGAAGUUGAGUCGACUGGGCCUUUUCCAGCCAAGAUUGUUCACAACCGUAGUGACUGAUAAAGAUACGGAUGUAAAUUUAGAUAAAAUUGCGGGUGACUUUGUCGGACGUUAUACGAGUCCAGCAGAACUGACGGAACUUGCAGUGGAAUGUCUUCCCAGUUACAAACCAAUUGCCCUGUAUCAAUUGUUGACAAGACACGAUAUUAUUCCUAAGACUCUCGUUUUCACGAAUUCCGGGCAAACCGCGCACAGACUGGCGCUAUUGAUGCAGUCACUCUUAUCAGAACGGAAUGUCACAGUGGGUGAAUUAUCCGCCCAGCUCGCGCCAAAGCAACGUGAAAGUGUCCUGGGCAAAUUCGCAAACGCCGAGAUACAUGUAUUAAUAAGCUCGGAUGCUUUGGCUAGAGGCUUGGACAUUCUGGAUGUGCAGUUAGUCGUGUCUUACGAUUGCCCAAAACAUAUCAAGGGCUAUAUACAUAGAGCUGGUAGAACCGGACGGGCAGGAAAGCCGGGUACCGCAGUGUCCAUACUCACAGCGAAUCAAAUCGGUAUAUUCAAGCAAAUGUUAAGCGCUGCGCAUAAAACCGUGCCCAAUAUUGAACAAAUGGAUCUACAUGCCAUUGCAAAGAUGGUAAAUUAUCAGAGUCAUCGUCAGAAAUUGAUCGAAAUUCUUGAGAAGGAAAAGAACGAAAGCCUGGAACGAACGAAGGCCACUAAGCGUAGACGCGUGGCAAAUGUGACCAAGCAGAAUGAAAAUGUAAAAUAAUAUUGUAAAAAAAACAUAUAAAAAAAAAAAGAAAUAAAAAUAUGUACAUGAGCU